AUGAAAAACAUCCUCCUCAUCAUCGCCGACGAUCUCGGCCGCAACUUGGGCGUCUGCGGCGAGUCCUGUGUCAAGACGCCCAACCUCGACAAGCUCGCCGCCCAGGGCACCUAUUUUGACAUGGCCUUUGCCAGCACCGCGUCGUGCAGCGGCAGCCGGUCGGUGAUCCAGACGGGGCUGCACACGCACGAGAACGGCCAGAUCGGGCUGCUGCGCGGGUUCAACGGGCUGCACUACUUCACCACGUUUGACCACGUCGAGAGCUCGCCCAAGCUGUUCAACGACCUGGGCUACACCACGGGCAUCAUCAACAAGGUGCACGUCGGCCCGGACACGGUCUACCCGUGGCACUGGCGCGAGGAGAGCGCGACGCGGGACGUGGCGUGGACGGCCGAGCGCGCCAAGGCGUUCUUUGCCAGCGUCAAUGCAGAUGCCGACAAGAAGCCCUUCUUUCUGACGGUCGGCUACAUCGACCCGCACCGCGACCACACGCGCGGCGGGUUCGGCAACUCGGAGGACUACCGGCGUGUCAGCCACCUGGCGUACGACCCCGCGUCCGUCACCGUGCCCUCCUUUCUAUCCGACGUCCCCGAAGUCCGCCAGGAACUGGCCGAGUACUACAGCGCCGUCUGGCGCAUGGACCAGGGCGUGGCCCUGCUGCUAGGCGAGCUCGAGGCCGCCGGGUUGGACAACGACACGCUCGUCCUGUUCACGAGCGACAAUGGCCCGCCGUUUGUCAACUCCAAGAGCACGCUGUACGACGCGGGUGUGCACCUCCCCCUCAUCGUGCGCGCGCCGGGUGGCACGCCGGGCGUCGUCAAUCCCAACAUGGUGUCUUUUGUCGACAUUCUCCCGACGUUCUUGGACUGGGCGGGUCAUCCGGAGCUGAACGCCCAUGGCGGCGGUGGCGGUGGCAGCAAACGACAGGGCCGGUCCUUUUUGCCGAUUCUGGGCGAGUCUGCUGCUCUCCCCGGCUGGGACCACGUCUUCGGCUCCCACACGUUCCACGAGCUCACUGCCUACUACCCGACGCGCUACCUGCGCACCCGCCGGUACAAGUACCACCGCAACGUGGCCUGGCAGCUCGAUUUCCCCUUCCCCGGAGACUUGUACGGGGCCGUCUCGUGGGAGGGCAUGCGCAAUGCCGAGGCGGCCAAGAUCGGCCAGCGCACGAUUGCCAACUACAUCCGGCGCGGCCCGGAAGAGCUGUUCGACCUCGAGGCGGACCCGGACGAGGUGCACAAUUUGGCCAACGACGAAGCCCACAAGGAGAUUCUUUUGGACUGCCGCCGGCGCCUCGAAAAGUGGCAGCUUGCCACGGAGGAUCCGUGGUACUUCCGCGACGGCAUUUCGACGCGCGUCGUCUACAACCACAUCGAUGCCGGUAUGAAGAUGCCCGACCGCUGGGACUUUGACGUCGACAACCCGGGCAGCCGGGAUGGCGUGACAGCAUUGUACAAGAGUGCGUAG